AUGAAGGGUCGACUAAUUGUGGUGAGAAGUACAGACCCAGUCUUGUAUACAGGCGUAUGCAAUGUAGAUUUGCGCUAUUUACGUGUUAACAGAAGGAAUAGGCGUCAACAGAAUGAAAAGGGCACUCAUCUAUUAUAUGCAUCUUAUUCUACAUCAAGAAGCUCCAGACAAUUUGUGUGCCAGUUCGUUGAAGUAGUAAUGAUGACCACAAACGCUUCUUUGGAGUUUGUAAAGUUAAAUGCGGAGAAUGUGCACAGCAGCCAUGCUAGUCUUCGAGAUAAGAGUGACGGGGUCGGCGAAGGAGAGAUGUAUAGACAUGUGGGCAUUACAGUAUAA